GUGCAUCUCUCCCAUGGGCCUGCGCCACUCGCUCAAAGCCCUCAUUUAACACGGGUCCUCCUCCGAUGCACUGACACUUGACAUCUUUCUCGUUGUACCCCACAAUUCUCUCAUCGCGACGCUUAUCAGCACUCGAAAUGUCUGCCACCUGCCCGAAUGGGAUUCUUGCUAACGCAGACGUGUCGGGAAUCGGAAUCCGCGUCAGCUUCUACGUGACCACGUUACUCACAGCUCUGAUCCCUUCUACUCCAUACACCGACCCUCUUCUCGGCGCCCUGUUCACAAACGCGAGCAUCAACGGACUCGGCCUGCUGAUCACCGCCAUCGUGCAGACUUCCCAGAAUGGCCUGUCCUUAUAUCACGCCCUCUUCGUUCAGCAUCUGCUCUUCUUCCUUGGAGUGGGCGUAGCCCCCGCCGGAAAGUACAAAUUGAACUCCCUCCGCGCGGGCAUGCUGCUCGUCACCCAGUUUGCUGUGCUGAUCGCCUAUUUGGGCUGGUCGCUCUAUCUCUGGACGCACACAAAGUCGUUCGGCUCGCAGCCCGGCUGCAACGACCAGGUCAAGUAUGUCUUCUUCUUCGUCACCGUCCGCGCGACUGUGCCAUGGCUACGCAUCGUCUGGAUGAUCUCCCUCAUCGGCGGCUGUAUCGGCUUAUUCACCGGGCUCGUCGUAUACGUGAUCGUCUACACCUGCUUCAAGACGGCGGCAACUAGGGGGGAGCACCCGAUGAUGACGAUGCAGGGUGCGGGCGAGGAGCAAGCUUCAAGUCGCGGCUUUUAUUUUUCAUUGGGUCUGCUACUUCCAGCUGUAUAUUCUGUCGUCACCGCCGAGCUCUUGGCAUGUCCCGAUUUCUUCGCCAAGCGCAACACGAUCGUUCAACCAGGCGAAGGGGCAUGGACUUUCGGCCAGAUUCUCUCCCUCGUGAUGAUCAUCAGCAGCCUGAACGAAGUCUUGCACUUUGUCCUCAGCUUAUUCUCGCCGCGCCACGAUUCAGACUCGGACUCGGGACUCGGCGAGGUCGAAGGCAGCCCGUCGAGAGGGCGGCCGAGAACCCGGAACGGAGGUUUUUGCCUUGGGCCCGCAAAGACAAGUCGAAUAGCACGCAGCUGCAGGAGGUCAGCUGAGCUAGCUCACAGCGUCCUAUCGGAGGCGCUGCCGGCCGAAGGUGCGGUCCGACUCUAGCUACGCAGAUGACCUGUGGCGGGCAAGGCGAUCGGUCUGAUAUGGACAUUUGUUGAUUGGUUUGAAUGCGGCGGAGCCACUGCUGUUGGCGGUGAGAGCAGCGGACGCUGAAAGUGCUGAUUCUGUCGUAUCGACAUUGGUCGUAUGGAGACGGGGCUGCCAGGCUCUGAGAGGCUACUUACAGUAAAGGAAGUUGGCAACAGAUGUUGCCGACUCAUUUGAUUCCACGGAAAAUGCGAAGC